UCCUGGAGGGAAGGCAUUGGGAUUUUAAUUCCAGAAAAACAACCACUGAUUUAUAUGCUACGUAUCUAACGUAACAGAAAAAUAAUUUUAAAAAGUCAGUCCUGCAAAAUGACUGGGGAAAUAUCCAAAAAGAAAGUUAAGAGUUCUUCAUCUGGUGAGAAAAAGACGAAAAGAAAAAUAAAACGAAGAGAGACUUACGCAAUGUACAUCUAUAAAGUUCUGAAACAGGUACAUCCGGACACGGGCAUCUCCAGCCGGGCAAUGAGCAUCAUGAACUCCUUCGUCAACGACCUGUUCGAGAGGAUCGCCACGGAAGCGUCCCGUUUGGCGCAGUACAACAAGCGCUCCACCAUCACCAGCCGAGAAGUGCAGACCGCGGUCCGGCUGCUCCUGCCCGGGGAACUGGCCAAGCACGCCGUGUCCGAGGGCACCAAGGCGGUCACAAAGUACACCAGCUCCAAAUGACUGACCUGAGCUUACGGACUUCUAAAAGGGGGGGGAAUGAUAUCACUUUUUCUGCAAAUUUUCUUUAAAGUUGGAAGUGUAAUACGCUGAACUUGCCGCAAGAUGGAGGAGUUGCGUCGUCGUGCUGGAGACUGGAAGUAGUUUGUAAUGGCUGCACCGUUUACUACUAUAUAAUUUCGAAUAUCACGGUUUUGUUCCUGGACAUUUGUACAGUUUCCUCACAAAUAAACACAUCAUCUUAGUGUUAA